AUUUUGCAGGAGCCAAAGACGGACAAGGAUGAAGAGCACUGUCGUAAGGUAAAUGAGUACCUGAACAACCCCCCCAUUCCCGGAGCACCAGGCAGUGGAGGCGGCAGUGGCCAUGAACUCUCAGCGCUCGGAGGAGAGGGAGGCCUGCAAAACCUGCUGGGAAAUAUGAGCCACAACCAGCUGAUGCAGCUGAUUGGACCAACCGGACUGGGGGGACUGGGAGGCCUGGGAGCUCUAGCAGGACCAGGACUCGCUAACCUGCUGGGCGGAGGAGGACCAGCUACAAGCAGCUCCUCGUCCAGUUCUCGUAGCCAAUCAGCGGCAGCCACUCCUUCAUCAGGCGGAGCCCCCAGACUGAGCUCCUCCCAGGCCCCGACCACCCCCGUGACCCCUGCUGCCUCAGCUGUGUCACCUACUAGUGUUGCUCCCUCCACACCAGCCGCAGCUCAGACUCCUCUGGCCCCAGCCUCUGUUGGAAGCCCUGGUUCCCACCAGCCCAUCCAGCUCAGUGACCUUCAGAGCAUCCUUGCCACCAUGAACGUCCCGGCGACGGCGGCUGCUCCGGGAGCAGCAGUGGAUCUAGCCAGUGUUUGCACCCCCGAGAUGAUGGCUCCCAUCCUAACCAAUGCUGAGGUCCAGCAGAGGCUCCUGCCCUUCCUCCCCAGUGGUGAGAGUUUACCUCAGAGUGCUGAGGAGAUCCAGAACACUCUCAACUCACCUCAGUUCCAGCAGUCGAUGAGCAUGUUCAGCAGUGCCUUGGCCUCCGGGCAGCUCGGCCCCCUCAUGAAUCAGUUUGGUCUGCCGGCCGAAGCUGUGGACGCCGCCAACAGAGGAGAUGUGGAGGCGUUCGCCAGCGCCAUGCAGGGCAGUAAAGGAGACGCGAAGGAAAAGAAGGACGAUGAGGACAUGAGUCUGGAUUAGAGUUCGACCCUCUGAGCAUCGUGAACUCCAGUGAUUCCUUCUCUCUUUUAUUUCAUUAUGUUUCUCUCCCUCUCUUCUAAGUUGACUUGUACUUUUCUAAACCAAAGGCAACACUCAGGAUGAACAGAGCUGUAAAGAGAUGAGUGAGGCCAGUUCUUCCUCUGACUCUGUCUGUUCAACUGGCCUGAGGUUAGAAGACGAAGCCUUAAGUUUGAUGUUUCUUUCUGUUUUCCUGUUGUCACUUAAGACUCCAGGAGCCUGAGUUAAUCCUGAAUAAAUCAUAUCAACAAAAA